AUGCGACGUAACGCGAGGCGCCAAGAACUGCACGAUCUGCAAGAUUCUCGGGAGGAAUAUCUUUUAAACGGAUGGCGAACUGCCGAGCAACCUUUACACCAGCAACAAUGGGUUCAGGAUGAGAUGGCCAAAUUUCAUAGUAGUAUUAACAGUUUAGACCACCGACAAUGUGUCACAUGUAAGAAAGCUUGGCCUACAAAACAGGGUUUAAGUCUUGCAAGGUUUGAAUGUUUAAGGUGUAAACGGGAUAAGGGAAACCCUAAAUUAUACUCCCAAGAAAAUGACAUGGAUCCAGGUGCUUUACCACUAGAGCUUCAAGGCCUAACUGAUAUUGAGGAAAUGCUAAUUGCCAGAGCUUGCCCAAUUAUGUGCGUAUAUCGUAAACAUGGGAGUCAACGAGGUUACAGAGGGCAUGUUUUAAAUCUUCCCCAAGACAUUCAGGGUUUUCUUAAUAGGCUUCCACGUAAUAUUGCACAGCUCCCAUAUCUCAUAAUUCGAAGGCAUGGAACUGACAACACAAACAGGGAUUGUACAGUCAGAAGACUGAAAGUACUUCAGGCUAUAAUGUGGCUUAAAGCGAACAAUCCUUUUUAUGCUGAUGUGGCUAUUGACUAUGAAUCACUUGAGCGCUUGCCAGAGGAUGGGGUACCUGAUGAUCUUCCAACAGUGGAGGGUCCAGAGUCAAGUGAAGAGCAAGAUGACCAACAAGAAGAUGCAGAAAAACAGAUUCCACACCAGAGUCAUUAA